AUGUCCCACGCCCUCGCUUCAUGUUUUUCCUGUCGCCGCAGUAAGCGACGCUGUGACAAGAAUCUACCCACAUGUCAGCUUUGUAUUCAAAAAGGGUUGAAGUGCAGCUAUCCCCGCAGACGCGGCCAACGCUCCGCCUCGCCUACCCGCAGUGCACAGGGAUCGGAUUAUGGCACAGUUCCUAAUUCACCAUACGCACCUGCUGUAGUGUACAGGAGUACCGGAUCUCAGUAUCAGUCUGCCUGUUCUCCUCCGUCUCCAUUUGCUGUUACCACCGCCAUUAGUUUCCUCGCGCCCGAUAUCUUCCGCGAGGCUCGAUUAGAAAUCCCUCGCCUGGAUGUAAGCGUUCCGGACGAAGUUGCCUUUCACCUCGGCGAUAAUCACCAGGUUCGGGAGACAGCUUCCAAGUUUUUCCAGACAGCGUGGCUACCGAUAGUCAGCCGGAAGCGUUAUUUAGCUGCUAUCCUCAAUCCAUUAUCCCCAUCCCGACGUCGGACGGCUUUACUAGCUCUGUGCAUGAAGCUAUGUUGCCUAUCAGCAAAUGACGACGAAAGCCCUAAAAAGGCCACAUUAUACGAAUUAGUCAAGAAAUUCUACUCGGAUGUGGAGAGCACGCAGGAACUGUGUGUUGAAGUCUUACAGGCGGCCGUACUCAUUGCUAUUUUUGAGAUUGGAGAUGCGAUCUACCCGGCCGCUUAUUUGACCGUCGGAGUUUGUGCCCGAUAUGGUAUCGCUAUGGGUCUGGACAAGAUCAACAAAGAUCGUAUGGGCGGACGCUAUGGUCGUAUGGCGUCCUGGAUGGAGAUUGAAGAGAGACGAAGGGCUUGGUGGGCUAUCUUAACUUUGGAUCGAUUCUUGAACUUCGCAAAUCCUUCUCGAGUCUUAGCAACCGAAGACCCCGCGUUCGAAGAUUUUCUCCCCGUCGAUGAUGAUAAGUUCUAUGACGCGACCACACAGCCGGAUGAAGCAGUUCCCAUGUGCCAGGGUUUCAUAUUCAAAAUUGGUCAUUUCGGCAGACUAGCUCAGGCAACGUAUCUGAUCAGCCAGGCCCUUGCUAUGAUCAGAUCUCUUUCCGUAGUCUCCAUCGCCCGCAAUGAGAGUAUUAUAUCACCAGAAACAACCCAACUAUGUCGCACACUCGAAGCCUUGGUUCGUGCCAAUGAAAUGGAAAUUACGGUCCGCAGGCUGGCAUUUUGCUGUCAAAGCCUGGUUUCUUACAGCGGUGUCUUCCUCCUUCAAGACAGUUACUGGGCGCAGUUACAGGUACGAUCUAAGGAAGAGCUGCAGCAGUAUACAUUUGUCGAGACCCAUAAUGCCAUCAACACGCUUUGCCAAAUUGCAUCUGCUCUCCGACAGAAGUCUAAUAUGUUGGACUUGCAGAACGGCCAAUGCACAUUCUUUCUGGCGGGUGUUGCGUAUCAAGGGGCUUCGGCAAUCAUGACUAUGGGCAAAGGAACCCCCCUCGGCAGAAAUGAAGGAAAGCAUGACUUUGUUGAGAUGGCUACUGCAGCAUAUACGAAACCGCUGGCCACUAUCUGGUGA